GGUGGUCGCUAGGGGCACCACCGACCCAUCUGAUAUCCACGCACAACACUCAAGUGACAGGUGACAGAUGAUGCGUCUGUUUGUAUGUUUACCUACAAUCUGAAUGCACUUUGAGUUAUCGAUAGUGCCUCAGAAUAAUAGUUUUGAGUAUUCAAUAUGAAUUUUGGUUCUGCCGGGAAUAUUAUCGUUCUCUUAGCCCUCGCUACGCAGGCUUGUCAUUCUACACUCCAAGAUAACCCAGCUUUCGUAUUCGAUGGAAAAACCGCUAUGUUAUCGUUGGCAAAUUACGAAAAGUCUGAUGAAACCGGUCAGGCUUUUAGCCAACUAAUAAUUCUCGACAAAAAUAGUACCGUAACUAUCGAAAUUGUCGAGAUUCCACCUGGUGUUUCAUUUUUCAUAACGCAAAUUCAUACUCAUCUGUAUAACGUCACGUUGUCGUACGACGAAACAAUUAUCGCGAGGAGAUAUACCUCCGGCUCAAAUAUUGGGCUAGUAAUUAACGUUAAUGAACAGAACGCACCGAAAAUUUAUGUUCAAAAUGAUAACCGGGCCAACGUCGAAGCUCUGUUAGCUGUUGUAGCCUAUCCUGACAACGCACCUGUGCCAGGGGGUUGCAAUAUGGAAUUCGAUACCGAAAUAGCACCCUAUCACAAAUUAACGGUUACCGAUUCGACUGUAAAGGUCGACAUACAACCGGGUGCAUCUCCGAAAUCAAAGGGUAUCCCGGUACCUUGCGAGGCAAACGCCGUACAACAUGAAAUGUAUCGUCUGUUUUUACCAGAACAAGAUUUUACCAGCAGCACCUACUUCUCUUCCAUCGUCGAUGUCUUAACUGUCCAAGGAAUCAGAGCAAACAGCAGAAAGAUUCCAUCUUCUGCAACCGGAUCGAAAAUGAGACGCGUUUACAGUGCUUAUCCAGGUACUGGUUCCGUUUAUGCAGCCUUAGCCAUAACCGGCAACAACACCGCUGCCUAUGUACCAGCUUUCACGUACGCUUGUAGUCCCUCGAACUGGAUGGACACGUGUCAAGUUUUAAAUUCGCCGUUUUCAAAAGUUCUCUGCGCGGUAAUUUUGUUUCUCGGAUUCUUCACAACAUUCCUAGGUCACAGAUAUUUUAAAACCGAAAUGUUUUUGCUGGGAUUUUUAUCCGGAGCACUCCUCAGCUACAUAACUGUCGCAAUUGUCGGUAAUUACGGUCCGUCAGGAAAUAUAGGCAUAUCCGUAUUCCUCGGUUGCAUAUUAGGGCUCACUUGGCUCGGAUUUUGGUGGCUUUACGCAAUUCCGGUGUUCGCAAUUCUCCUGGCAACUACAACUUUGGGGUUUUUCUGGUCGAGCAUCGCGUACUUCAGUUCCCCAGCCGGAGUUGGUUACCUGGAAAACGACACAAACUUCUGGCUGAUAUUUAUCCUGCUCAUAUUCUUCGUGCCACUGGCAUUGAGCGUGGUACCAGAUAGCGCGAACAUUAUCUGCUGCGCCAUACUCGGUUCUUAUUCGGUGGUUAUUUCCAUCGAUCAUUACGUUGGUUCGAACCUGAAAUACAUCAUCAUCAACAUCGUGAGACGCGCGACUUCUCCAGGUUUCAACGUCGCUGUUAUCCACCCACCGUAUCAGUCGAAAGACAUAUGCCUGACGGUUUUCUGGAUAAUUCUGGCGGUCGCUGGAAUCAUCUUCCAGCUGAGAUUGAAUCGCGGAAGACCACCUUUCCCUCCCGGUAUGUCGGUGCCUGGAACUCGGAAUUUACCUCAGUCGGAAAGAACGCCGUUGCUGGUUGAAUCCAGAAUGCCGAUCAGCGCAUCACGGAGCGACGAUCACAUUUUCGAAUCGCCCAAGUGGUACAACAGAUUUUUCCCAUGUUUCAAACUAUAUUAAAUAUCCUUCCGGCGUGAUGAGACUGAUAUUUUCAACGAGAUAUCAAGGCUUUGUAGUUUUACGGGUGUUAUAGACUCACAUGUAAGGUGUAAAUAAUAAGAAUAUGAUAUGUUUCGGGCCAAAUCAAGCUACGUAUUGUGAUAUUUAGUGCCAUUACGGAAUUGUUCGACAAUAAAAAACAAAAAAAAAAACAUGUU